AUGGUCAUGCAAAUGAGCAGGAGAACAGCUGCGGCUAACGCUACGCUCUUGCAGGAUCUCGGCGGUCAGACAAGCAUUCGACCGUACUGGCGAUGUUACUACGCCAACACAGCAGCCGUCAUCUUCGUCGUCGACUCGACUGAUAUCGAGCGAUUACAAACCGCAGCCGAGGAACUUGCCGCAAUGCUAAACGAGGAAGAGCUCAAAGACGCGGCGUUGUUAGUCUUUGCCAACAAACAGGAUCAGCCUGGCGCAAAGGGCGCGGGCGAGAUUUCGGAAGUGCUACGCCUGGGUGAGCUACGUGACCGGAACUGGAGUAUCAUGGCGUGCUCUGCUGUUGAUGGAAGCGGUAUCAAUGAAGGGAUGGACUGGCUGGUGCAAACGGUUAACCAGGAAUAA